GUGAUGUUUGUCCCAUUCAGCUCUGAGAAAGAUGGAGCUCUGUGUAUUUAUGUUCAUGCUUGCUGCGCUUGUUUCUUCUGAGAACAAAGUUGUGCAUGAAGAUUUCACUUUAUUGGGAUGCUCUGAUACAGAGAAAGAAUAUAUGUUUGGAUUGGAUGGAGAGGAAUUGUACCAUGCAGACUUCAUUAAAGGAGUAGCAGUAGCUACUCUACCUGACUUUACAGAUCCCAUCGGCUAUCCUGGAUUUUAUGAGCAAGGCUUAUCUAAUGUGCAAGUUUGCAAAGCAAACUUAGCCGUAGCUAUCAAAGCUUAUAAAAAUCCACAAGAGAAAAUGGACAAACCUCAGACUUCCAUCUAUGCUGAGGAGGAUGUGCAGCUGAAUGUUGAAAACACCCUCAUCUGUCAUGUGAGUGGAUUCUUUCCUCCACCUGUCAGAGUCUCAUGGACUAAAAACAAUGAGGCUUUAAAAGAAGACAGUCUAAGUCAGUAUCGCCCAAAUGAUGACGGCACUUACAACAUCUUCUCCAGUAUGCCGUUCACACCUGAAGAGGGAGACAUUUACAGCUGCACUGUGAACCACGUAGCUCUCGAUGAACCUCAGACCAAAACAUGGGAAGUGGACGUUGCUGUGCCCGGUGUUGGUCCAGCAGUGUUCUGUGGAGUGGGUCUGUCUCUGGGGCUGCUGGGAGUCGCUGCUGGAACUUUCUUCCUGAUUAAAGGAAACAACUGCAACUGACAUCCCAGAUAUGGAAGCAAACUUUAAUAAAAGAAAUUGUAUAUAGUGUGUAACAGGUCCUCCAAAUAAAGCCAGUUUCACUUGGCUCUAAUGAAAUUUAAAACCGUAAUUCUGAGCAUCAUUCUGUCACAUCACAUUGAUGACAGGAAACGUCUUAGAUGUUAUAUAGAAAUAGAUUCAUAGACACAUAAAUUUCAAUAUAAUCUUUAACAACAUUAAUAAUGCCUGAUAUUUCUAAUAAUGCACCAAUGAGGCAACAUCUUUGUUUGAAAUGUAACACCAUACACUUACAUACAGAUGUCUAAAAGGCUUUAAAUGAUAGAUGAUCUUUUUGCUAAUACAUCUUUUCAGCUCAUCCAGAGUGAUAUUGGACUUUUAAUUUGAAUAAUUUUAUCUGUUAGUUACUCUCUGGUUGAGCUCUUAUUGUCUUCCUCAUUGCUGGAUCAAUUCAAGUCUUUUUCAACAAACAUUAUGGCAUUCUUAAAAAUGUGCUUGAAAAUAGUGUAGACAUUUUUUGUAAAUUUUGGAAUUUCCUGUCAUUGUAAUCAAUUUGAAGUUAUCAAUUUUACAAGGUCUUGUACGUUUUCUGACAUACACUCCAAAUAAAGAUUCUCUGUUUUGAUUUCA